AUGAGCAGUGGUACAGUACAGGGCCAGAGCCGCCGGCGUGACAGAUAUAUCCGCAUAGCCUGUCACUCUCACGGCGUGCACGGCCUCAUAUCCUCCCUCGAAACCCAAGUCCGGUCGAUCCAGAAGCGACUAGAUGGAGACCCGUUCGGAUACUUGAACCAUGUUCAAAGAGACCCAAUGUUCUUGCUAAACGCGGAAGGUACCACCCGACUGAUUGACCUAUAUCACAAGGAAAUUUGCCAUAUGUAUCCUGUCGUUGAGAAGGAGUUGCUGGUGUCUAAAGCAAAGUCAUUGCGUUCGAUCCGAAGACCAGCUUCGGCUCAUUCAGGGAAUGCCGAAGGACCACCCACGAAGAAUGGUGGAGAUAUUGAUUCAACCAUUCUCUACGCGGUCCUAGCACAUGCACUGUACCUUGGCGACCAGCAGAACCCCGUCGUCAGUGCACUUCUCUUCGAGCGAGUGGAGCAAUCCAUAGGAGAAAUGCUGUCUCAAGCUGAGGCGCAGCUAAAGAUUAUCGUCGUUCUGGUCAUUAGUAGUCUUUACUAUCUCCACAAGCGACAGGACCUGCGUGCCUGGAGAAUGAUCCGGUUCGCCGUCGAGCAAGCUUUAGAGCUCCAACUCCACACUCAAGAAGGGCUGGCUAGAUACGGCCAACUAUCCAACCGCACCUGGGCACUUCGAGUCUUCUGGUCUGUCUACGUUCUUGAUCUUCGAUAUAGUUUCGGAAACAAUCUCCCAGCGACGUUAGAAGACACAGACAUCAACUCGUCGAUUCCUGAGCCAGGUCUUGAAUAUCCAUAUUUAAACGCCAUGGUCACUUACAGCCGUAUCGCCUCGAAAAUAAAGCGUUGGACAUGCAAGCCACGCUUUCAGAGAGGAAAAAGCCUCCCAACAGAGAACGGGUUUCUGGAUUUCCAAAUAGUGAUGUGGUACUCUCAGCUGCCCCCCCAGAUCCAAUUCGAAAUGCCCACAUCCGACAAUACUCAUGAAGUGCUAACUGGCCUCUUUCCGUUACAACUUCGGGUAUCUCUCUACCUUCGACGAAAUCAGAUGCGGAUGUUGCUCCAUAAACCUUCCCUGCAGUCAGUGUCAGCUGUGCAGCAGAAUACUGAGCAGGCAAAGACCGCCGUCCGCCUCGCCACGGAGACGAUCGAGACUCUAGUUUACAUUGGAAAGUUCUCAUCCACAUUCAAUGCGCAACCUGCAGUCUUGUCGUAUUUUUUGAUCUCUGCAUUGGCCGUCUUCUUCCCAGCAGCGGUAAAUGGCCCCUCAGACAUCAUUUCUCUGUGUUGGUCUGAAGUUAUCAAAGCAAUGGAGCUCAUCAGAGCCUUUUCAAAAACGUACGCAUGCGCCCAUCUCCAACGGUUUCUUCAGGAUGUCAGGGACUUUGUCAAUCAUUCUGGACGUAGUCCUCUACCUAGUCGCAGUCCUCAAGAUGCGAGGCCGUCCAGUGGGGCUGGGACAGAUAGUGUCAGAAGCGACACGAGGGACGAUACUAUCAAUCCUACCUCACUGGCUGAGGAGUUAUACACUCUAUUCGAAGCAGCUAUUUCAUGUGGCACGCGUCAAGUGGCACUUCGGGAAGAUUUGGGCCAUCAGCAGACGGAGCCCAACACGCGGCUAGACACACCCAACAUGACUUCAAUGGUGGGAGAUAUAGGCGUGGAUCUUGGAGGAGAUAUCGAACGGGCUAUCUUAGAUUAUUACGGAUAUGACGGCUUCCCUGGAAUGUUCGACGGGAUGGAGUGA